UCAGAAAAACGCAACGCAGUAGGUAGCCGAGCUGAGGUAGCCCAUGCCUGACUGGGCCUCCGACUGGCCAGAGGCUGCCGACGCCGGCUCUGCCGACGCCGGCUCUUCCCGCACGGCCUUGCUCGCGCUGCUGCGUUCUGAAGGUGCUCCGGCAACUGCAGCCGUCUGCAUCCCCAGAGGGAGCACCGAAGCUGUCAUCUCCUCCCUCGCACGCGGGCUUGUAGAGCUCCUCAGCACUGAACAGCGACGGUGCGGCGGAUUGCGUGCGCUGCCCGACGCUCCCGGCGACGAUUUCUUUGGCCAGGAUGGCGAGGACAGCGUCGACGACUGCCCGCUUCCCGACUUGCCGGGGGCAGUGCGGCUCGCCUCUCCGCGCUGGCUCCAGUCUGCGGUUGAGGCGGUCGGCCAGCUGAUGCCGAGAGGCGCCGCAUGCCUGCGCUUUGAGGCGGGCAACGGCCGGAUCGGGCUGAUGCUGCGGCGCUGCCCGCCCCUCCUCGCCACGGUCCGCCUCCCAGACGUCGAGCGCCUCGGCUGCAGCAGCGAGGGCGACGAUCAGCUCAGCUCGCUCCUCCUCCUCGAGUGCCGCCGCGCCGCGCUGAUGCUCACGCUGCGAAAGGCGUUUGAGGCAGAGGCGGCCGCCGCCAGCGGCCGCAAGCCGCCCAACGAGACGCUCAACGCUUGGAUCUUCACCCAGCUCGCCCGCAGCCACGCCGGUGGGUUGGUGGAGUCCGGCGACGAGCAGCUCUUCGUGCCGCUCGUCGACGCGGACGCAGCGGCCGGCGCCGGCGGCCACUGCGGCGCGGCUUGGCCGCUCGCGAAGUACCUUGCGCGCGCGCGGGCGCGCGCGGGGGAGGCUGAGGACUCCGCCCUCGUCGAGCGGCACGCAGUUGCCCUGGACUCGUGGCUGCGCAGCCAGUGGCAGCUGCGGCGCGCGCAGCUGGCUGCGGCUCGCGAGCCACUCGGCCGCGGCAGCGGCGGGGCGCAGAGCCGGGAGCUACAGCGUCGCUGCCGAGUCGGUGGCGGCGGCGCGGGAGGCGGCGGCGCGGGAGGCGGCGGCGCGGGAGGAGGUGGCGAGGGCGGCGGCGGCGAGGGCGGCGUCCACGCAACGCAGCCCUCCUACCCUUCUCGACGAUUGUGUGUGGUUGCGACGGC